ACAGGAAACUACAAGUACCAGCUAACUGUCACCCUCCGCUGAAAGUACACAGUUCAGUUUGUUUUAGUAUACAGAACAGUGAUAGCGCUUUGUUACGAGACGGCAGAACCCCUCGCGGCAUGCUAAAUGACCGUUAUACGCGUUUGAACAUCUGCCAAAUCCCCCCCUUGACCUCCGGAGCAAAGUUCCUGUUCCCCUGAGCUCGUGUUUUUGCCCACUUCCCUCCCGAGGCCGCUGUCGGCCUUGCUUUGGUUUUGCUUUUGAACCCGUGUAACUAGCCUGCUAGCUAGCUAAGAUUUCCCCUAUGUCCUCUAAAGAAGGCUUCAGUUCAGCUGUCACCGAUUGGCUUUUCAUCAAUUCCUGGUGGAUCCUGCUGCCUUUUAUUAUGCUCCUGAUAGUGGUCGCCUUCAUUGUUGCCUUCGUGUUGCUGCUUUACAUGAUAUCGCCGCUCAUUAGUCCAAAACCUCUGAAAUUAAACGGGGCCCACGUCGUGGUGACCGGAGGCUCAGGUGGAAUUGGGAAAUGCAUUGCGAUCGAAUGCUACAGACAAGGAGCCUUUAUCACUCUGGUGGCUCGUGAUGAGGAUAAAUUACUCAAAGCAAAGAAGGAGGUGGAGCAGUUUGCAGUCAAUGACAAACAGGUGGUGCUGUGUGUAUCAGUCGACAUCUCCAGUGAUUACACUCAAGUGGAAAAUGUGAUAAAGCAGGCUCAGGAGAAGCUCGGACCGGUUGAUAUGCUUGUGAACUGCGCUGGAACAGCCGUCGCUGGGAAGUUUGAGGAGAUGGAGGUGGAGCGUUUCAAAGAGUUGAUGGAGGUGAAUUACCUGGGCAGCGUCUACCCAACGCGGGCCGUCAUAACCACCAUGAAGGAGCGGAGAAUGGGUCGGAUCGUGUUCGUCUCCUCCCAGGCGGGCCAGAUCGGCCUUUUCGGAUACACGGCUUACUCGCCUUCAAAGUUUGCUCUGCGCGGAUUGGCGGAAUCACUGCAAAUGGAGAUGAAGCCGUAUAACAUCUAUGUGACUGUGGCGUUCCCCCCUGACACGGACACGCCACUCCUGGCUGAAGAAAACAAGUCCAAGCCUUUAGAGACCAAGUUAAUCUCUGAAACUUCUGGAGUCUGGCAGCCAGACCAGGUGGCGAAGGUCUUUGUCAAGGACGCCGUGCAGGGAAACUUCAACAGCUCUGUGGGUCCUGAUGGUUACAUGCUGUCGGCUCUCACCUGUGGAAUGUCACCUGUCACCUCCAUCACUGAAGGUCUCCAGCAGAUCGUCACCAUGGGGCUGUUUCGCACCAUCGCCCUCUUCUACCUGGGGAGUUUCGACAGCAUCGUGCGCCGCUGCAUGAUUCAGAGGGAGCAGUCGAAAACAGCCGACAAGACCGAGUAACAGCAGCCAUACGAAUAAGAACACACCCCCUCACCCCUUCAUCCACCCCUCCAGCUAAGUACACAGCCACAGAUAGAGCGGAGAAAAAGAACAACUUAAAAAAAAAGAUGGGAGAAAGGAGUUUGUUUACUUUUCACUGGUCCAGGGAUGCAGUUUAAUCCUAAAAACGGUCGUCUACUUUGAUUUGUCUGUCGACCUCCUUCUUUUGUGAGAGCUGCCUCGCUCACGGGGGAGAUGAGGGCAGACAAAACAUCCAGGAAGUUUGAAAAGAUGUGUUCCUCCCCCAUGCAGAGGAGAAGCAGCCUGUCUGACUAGUAGUAACACACUUUCAGUCAUGUUGUCGUCGUUUGUCUGAAAGUGACACAUUCUGCUAAAUAAGCUCGUCUUAACUUUCCUUCCACAAGUCUUUGCAGGCAAAGCGUGUUCGAUGAUUACCAGAGGAAGACAUGAAACGUUAGAUUUCAAUUUAAAAGCGUGAAAGAGGACGCGUUUGCUUUUCUGUAACCGAACAAAUCCCAGAGGAAGAGAGAAGCCAUUCCGUUAAUAUCCGGCAAAAAAAAAGUUUUGUUUUCUUUUUGUUGCAGCUUUAAAAGGUUCUUUGAGUUACGACACAGAAUGAGGAGAAAAACCAGCAUAUUACUGUGUUUUCAUGGCACAACUUUAGUUUCUGCCCAUUCCAAAAUACAGAGGAUUCUAAACCAACUGUGUUGGUUUAAAUUCAGCCACAUUGAUGGAAAUCCAGACUUGCUGGUUCAAGUCUUUUUUUGUUCUUCGUCUGGUCUACUGAGGGCGCUAGAGAUUAGUUUUGAGACCAAAAUGUCACUGGGAUUAAUCUGUGUGGUCUUUUUCUCCCCCCCUUAAGGUUUUGACCUGCUGUCGGGAGCAGCAGGGGAUUUGUAAUUCCUUAAACCACCAUUUCGAUUUGUUUUUCUUUUGAUUUCCCAUUCGAGUUAGAAUAAGUAAAAACGACUCUUGCAAGUCUUCUUUUGGUUUCUUAAAACUGAGAGAAUGUACUUGAAUGCAAAAGCACACAGAUAUAGUAUUUUUUUGAAGACACUAAUAUUUGAAUUUUCAAAGAUGUCAGUAGAAAAAGACGCAUUUUAACCUAAGACUUCUGGAUGCCAUUUCUUCUUCGAUCAAAAGUCCUUAAAGAUGGUGGAGCAGAUCACAUUCUAAGCCUUAAAACUCACUAAAGCUUCGGGUGUGAAACUGUUGCCAGAACAGUGCCAGCUGACGUGGUGAAAUUCUAUGUAUUUUAUGGGCCUCCGCUCUUUGUACGGUGGUAAUCCUUCCUAAAAUCCAAGAAAUGAAAGUGAGAAUGAAUGACUCGUGUUUUGAUGAUGUUCUCAUUUGAUAUUGGUGAAGGCUUAUUGUUCUGCGCUUAAUCAUUUUUCGUGGUUCGUUUGUUUUAAACCCUAUAAGUAGCAACCCACAGUUUAAAGAUGUAGCUCAUGGAAAAGCUAUUUUGUUUGAGCACCUUUAAGCUAUGCAACUUUUGCUUAGAAUUAGUUUGAAGCUGCGGAGAAAAGAAAUCGUUCUGCAACUGUUAUUUAGUUUUCCGCGUUUUUGUGUUUUCGAUUAAUUCCUAGAAAGUUUUAAACAUGUUGAACAUCACAUUGCACUCAUUUGUUUGAUUCCUUAAUUUUUUUUAAUUAAUUCUGCCUAAAAACAAUUGCCACCUUCACCUUCUGUGCCAUUCAAAGAAUAUUUGAGAUGUGAGAUGUUUUGUCAUAUUUUCUUACAUGAGAAAAACAAUAAACACCUGUAAGAAAAAUA